CUUUGAGAGGAGCACGCAAGGGAAAGAGCCAGAAAUGGAGCGGUGCCUGGGUCUGGGCUUCCUCCUCCUCGCCCUCCGGGCCGCCCAGCUGGCCUACGGUGGCACUCUACGCAGCCAGAUUGUCGGGGGGCACGAAGCCAGACCACACUCUCGACCUUACGCAGCAGCUCUGAAGAAGAAUGGAUACUUUAGCUGUGGGGGCUUCCUGGUGGCCCCUCAGUGGGUGAUGACCGCAGCCCACUGCAAUGGAGACAUCCAAGUCCUCCUGGGCGCUCAUGAUCUGGACGCUGUAGAAGAUACCCAGCAAGUGUUUGGUGUCGAAAGCUAUCACCAGCAUCCAGAAUACAAGCUGCGUGGUGGAACGCCAUUCAAUGACAUCCUUCUCCUGAAGCUGGAUUGUGAAGCCAAGCUCAACAAGUAUGUCCAAGUCAUUCCUCUACCACAAAGCGAAGAUGAUCUCCCCAAAGGCACAGAAUGUGUCAUAGCCGGCUGGGGACGAAUCGAUGACCGCUAUCAGCCUUCAACAAAGCUUUUCAUGACCAACGUCACGCUCCCUGGCCGCAGGAAAUGCCAUCAGUUCUUCCCAGAACUCACUAAUGGGAUGAUUUGUGCAGGAAGCCGCACCAAGCUCUGUGAUGUCAGCAACGGGGAUUCCGGAAGUGCUAUGGUGUGCAACGGGGCGGCCCAUGGAGUUGUCUCCUACGGUUUCCAUGUGCCACCAUCCAUUUACACUCGUGUUGCUGGCUACCUUCCUUGGAUCAGAAAGGUAAUGGGAUGAGGCCAAGAGAAGACGGGAUCAUCAGCCGCCUUCAAGUCACUCACAGUUUCUGCUUUACGCCCCCCCCCGAGGAGAGAGUCACAUGACCCUGGCCGUUUCCAGACGGC